GCCACAUCUCACCUGGGUGUCAUGGAUGCGGGUGGUAGCACUUUGCAGCAGCUUUCUGAUAGUUGCUGGAUGGCCUUGGCGACUCGCUUGCGUGGUCAGAGUUGGGAACUCCACUGCUGAGAUCUAUGGCUUCCGUUCAGUCGUGCAGAGCUGGGGCAGCCACUGUGAGUGGUUGGUUGCUAUCAUCCCACGAGCUGCUCAGGAACAACUUCACUUGGCGCUGGAGGAUAUCUUGGAUGCUCCCUUCAAGGCGCAAUCCUAUCAAAAGGUGAUCCAACUUGACGAUGCACCCAGUGAUCCACGGGAUGUCUUGGAGCUCACGCGUUUGAGCGUCCGGACCAUUUCAGGAGGUGCUGCUAACUUGGCUUGUGCCGUGUCUAGGCCAUGGAUAUUUGUGGUGCCGCAGAACCUGUUCACAUAUUUGGACGAUCAACAGGGUCAUCGCGGUCAUCUCUCGAUCCAGUGUGGUGCACUGUUCUGCGAGACGGGGCCACCAAAGCAACGAACUCGGCCACGGCCACUGUGGCCGCCCAUGUGUGGAAGGCGCUUGGAGGA